AGUCUAGCUUGAACUCGACCAAAUGUCGACAGCAAUCUAUUGUUUUCUCUUACGAUCAAAUCUGGGCCCCAACCUAGAACUAGAAUGAGUAAGUGUUGGGUACGGAAGUUCUUAAAUCAAGGUAUGAGACCUUGUUGGAUUUUUUGUAUGGGCAACUGAAUACGGAAACGUAACAAGUUCAAGUACAGCGCGAGUUCAUUGAACAAUCCGCCACUUCACCUGUUGAGAAUUGCUGCUCCUGAAUUAAAGGUCAGACAAACUGAUGAACACAGCCAUCAUGAGCAGUGAACAGGUGGUGGAUAAUGAUGAGGAGCUUGUUUACACAAUUGAUGAAGCUCUUACGGUGCUGGGGUUUGGUAGAUUCCAAGCUCUGGUGCUGGCUUAUGCGGGACUUGGGGCCAUGGCUGAGGCAAUGGAAGUGAUGAUACUGUCUUUUAUAGGACCCUCUGUUAAAGCUGAAUGGGGGCUUUCAUCUGGCCAAGAAAGCUUGAUAACCACAGUGGUUUUUGCUGGUAUGCUUAUUGGAGCUUAUGCGUGGGGAAUCAUAUCGGACAAUUAUGGAAGAAGGAUGGGCCUUCUAAGUAUUGCUGUCGUAACUAGCAUAUUUGCGAUUCUUAGUGUCUUUGCCCCAAAUUAUAUUUCAUUGGUCAUCUUCCGCAUGGUAGUUGGCAUUGGCCUGGGUGGCGGACCUGUGUACUCAUCCUGGUUUCUUGAGUUUGUGCCCAUGCAAAACCGGGGCAUGUGGAUGGUUGUGUUUUCCACUUUCUGGACAAUAGGAACGAUAUUUGAGGCUUCAUUGGCAUGGAUCAUUAUGCCUAGACUUGGAUGGAGGUGGCUACUUGCACUAUCAUCAGUGCCCUGUUUAGCAGCAUUUAUCUUAUAUUUUUUUACAGUAGAGUCUCCAAGGUACCUAUACCUGAAGGGCAGGACCUCUGAUGCACAAAACGUUUUGAAGAAAAUGGCCUCGAUUAAUAGUACAGAACUUCCUUCCGGUAUCCUUGUUUCUGAUAAAAUGAGCGAGCUGGAUGAGGAACUUACUACUUCUGAAAAUACUGAAUUACUGUCAACCAUGGGAAAUAAAAGUACUAGUUCUAAUUCGGGCUUCUCCUCAUUAUUCACACUUCUAUCAUCAACUUUAAUCAAAACGACCCUACUCAUGUGGGUAAUCUACUUUGCAAAUUCGUUUUUGUAUUAUGGGGUUGUGUUGAUGACCUCGGAGUUCAGCAGUAGGCAAAGUAAAUGUGGAGCAAUUGUUAUACAUUCAAACCAGCUGACAGAUUCUAGCCUCUACCAAAAUGUAUUCAUCACUAGUUUUGCAGAGCUUCCUGGGCUCAUUCUAUCGGCCAUUCUUGUAGACAAAGUCGGCCGCAGGAUUUCACUGGUGCUUAUGUAUGCAUUCAGCUUCAUAUUUCUUUUACCACUGAUGCUUCACCAAAAUGAACUGCUAACCACAUCUCUAUUGUUCGGAGCCCGCAUGUGCCUCAUCGGGACCUAUACAGUGGCUGGCAUUUACUGCCCAGAGUUAUAUCCAACAUCCAUCAGGACAACAGGAGUGGGUGUUGCCAGCGCUGUGGGAAGAAUCGCAGGCAUGAUAUGUCCUUACGUGGCCGUGGAGUUGGUUUCUGGUUGCCACCAAAUGGCUGCAAUAAGUUUAUUUGAAGCUGUAAUGAUCCUUUCAGGAACUAGUGUGCUGCUCUUCAAAGUUGAAACCAAGGGAAGGCAGCUGAACGACAUCGUCGCUGUACAUAACUAGAACCGAACAACAUUUGAUCGUUGGAAGUUUAUACUAGUGGAUAUUAUUAUUAUCGAAAAACUUUAGUCAA